CUUGAAACAACAAAAACCACCAACAUUUUUUCCACAUUCUCCCUUUUAUCUCUCUUCUCCUCUUUUUCAAUCACCACACUCUUCUUUCUCUCUCUUUUUCUGUUCACAGGAUCUCAUAACUCUCUCAGCUACCAUGGCGACUGAGAAUCCGUUCAGUAGCAUUCUGAGGACGCUCGAGAAGCCUGCUGGUGGUGGCGAGUUCGGGAAGUACUAUAGCUUGCCUGCUCUCAACGAUCCUAGAAUUGAUAAACUUCCUUAUUCUGUGAGGAUACUUUUGGAAUCUGCAAUCCGUAACUGUGAUGAGUUUCAAGUUAAGAAACACGACGUUGAAAAAAUUAUUGAUUGGGAGAAUACCUCUCCCAAACAAGUGGAGAUUCCGUUCAAGCCAGCUAGGGUGCUUCUGCAGGAUUUUACUGGGGUACCUGCUGUUGUUGAUCUUGCUUGCAUGCGAGAUGCAAUGAACAAACUUGGUGGUGAUUCAAAUAAAAUUAACCCCUUGGUACCAGUGGAUCUUGUCAUUGAUCACUCUGUUCAGGUUGAUGUGGCAAGAUCUGAAAAUGCUGUUCAGGCAAACAUGGAACUUGAAUUCCAGAGAAACAAAGAAAGAUUUAGUUUCCUUAAAUGGGGUUCAAAUGCAUUCAAUAAUAUGCUCGUUGUUCCUCCUGGAUCAGGGAUAGUUCAUCAGGUUAAUUUAGAAUACCUUGGUAGAGUUGUGUUCAACACACAUGGCGUGCUUUAUCCUGACAGUGUUGUUGGAACUGAUUCACACACAACUAUGAUAGAUGGCCUCGGUGUCGCUGGAUGGGGAGUUGGUGGAAUAGAAGCAGAAGCUGCAAUGCUUGGCCAGCCCAUGAGCAUGGUCCUUCCAGGUGUUGUUGGGUUUAAAUUAUUGGGAAAACUACGAGAUGGUGUCACAGCUACUGAUUUGGUGUUGACUGUCACUCAAAUGCUGAGAAAGCAUGGGGUUGUUGGCAAGUUUGUGGAGUUUUAUGGGGAAGGCAUGAGUGAACUGCCUUUGGCAGAUCGUGCCACCAUAGCAAACAUGUCCCCUGAGUAUGGUGCAACGAUGGGCUUCUUUCCUGUGGAUCAUGUCACUUUGCAAUAUUUGAGACUGACUGGCAGAAGUGAUGAGACUGUUUCUAUGAUAGAAUCCUACUUACGAGCAAAUAAGAUGUUUGUGGAUUAUAGUGAGCCUCAAGUGGAGAGAGUGUACUCAUCCUAUUUGGAACUCAAUCUUGAGGAUGUAGAGUCCUGUGUUUCAGGUCCAAAAAGGCCUCAUGAUCGUGUCCCUUUGAAAGAAAUGAAGGCAGACUGGGUUGCCUGUCUCAACAACAAAGUUGGAUUUAAGGGUUUUGCUGUACCCGUAGAAUCUCAGAAUAAGGUUGCAGACUUCACAUUCCAUGCUACACCAGCACAUCUUAGGCAUGGUGAUGUUGUUAUAGCUGCUAUCACCAGUUGUACAAAUACUUCCAAUCCUAGUGUUAUGCUUGGAGCUGCAUUGGUUGCAAAGAAAGCAUGUGAAUUGGGUUUGCAGGUAAAGCCUUGGAUUAAAACAAGUCUUGCUCCAGGUUCUGGUGUUGUAACCAAGUAUUUGCAGAGGAGUGGCUUGCAGAAGUAUUUGAAUCAGCUAGGUUUCCAUAUAGUUGGGUAUGGAUGCACAACUUGCAUUGGAAAUUCAGGUGAUAUUGAUGAAGCUGUAGCAUCUGCAAUUACAGAAAACGAUAUAGUAGCUGCAGCUGUAUUGUCUGGAAAUAGGAACUUCGAGGGCCGAGUUCACCCUUUAACAAGAGCUAAUUAUCUUGCUUCUCCUCCUCUUGUUGUUGCCUAUGCCCUUGCUGGCACAGUGAACAUUGACUUUGACACUGAACCCAUUGGGAUAGGCAAGGAUGGAACCAAUAUCUUCUUCAGGGAUAUUUGGCCAUCCAGUGAAGAAAUAGCAAAUGUCGUACAAUCAAGUGUGCUGCCUGAUAUGUUUAAAGAAACAUACAACGCGAUCACCCAAGGCAAUCCCAUGUGGAAUAAUUUAUCUGUUCCGUCGGGCACUCUUUAUGCUUGGGACCCUACAUCAACUUAUAUUCACGAGCCACCUUAUUUCAAAAAUAUGACCAUGUCUCCCUCAGGCUCUAAUGGUGUGAAGAAUGCUUACUGUUUACUCAACUUUGGAGACAGUAUUACAACUGACCACAUCUCUCCAGCUGGUAGCAUACAUAAGGACAGUCCUGCAGCCAGAUAUCUUAUAGAACGUGGAGUUGAUAGACGAGACUUCAACUCUUAUGGAAGUCGUCGUGGUAAUGAUGAAGUGAUGGCAAGAGGAACAUUUGCCAAUAUUCGCAUUGUCAACAAAUUUUUGAAUGGAGAAGUUGGACCUAAAACUAUUCAUAUUCCUUCCGGGGAGAAGUUAUCAGUCUUUGAUGCUGCUGAGAGUUACAAGAGUGAGGGGCAUGAUAUGAUUAUCUUGGCCGGUGCUGAGUAUGGGAGUGGGAGUUCCCGAGAUUGGGCUGCAAAAGGGCCAAUGCUACUGGGUGUGAAAGCUGUCAUAGCAAAAAGUUUUGAAAGGAUUCACCGAAGUAAUUUGGUGGGAAUGGGUAUCAUUCCUCUAUGUUUUAAGCCUGGGGAGGAUGCCGAUUCUCUUGGAUUAACUGGUCGUGAACGUUACACCAUUGAUCUACCAAGCAACGUGAAUGAAAUAAGACCUGGUCAAGAUGUCACAGUGGUGACAGAUACCGGGAAGACAUUCGUAUCUAUCCUGAGAUUUGAUACAGAGGUUGAAAUAGCAUACUUCAACCAUGGAGGCAUCUUGCAAUAUGUCAUCAGAAACUUGAUUAAUGCUAAACAUUGAAUCAGAUAUAUACCAAAGUUGCAGUCUGAAUUGCUAGCUCCCAUUGCCACUGAUUCUUAAUAAUUUACUGGUAGUAUGGCUGCUACCAGGAUACCCAUGCUAUCCUCUUAAUAAACCAAGGAACUACGUGGCUGCUGCAAGGAAGAGUUAUGACUGUCGUUUGUUGGAGAAAUGUGAUUUUCUUUUUCAAAUUUAUGUCAUUGAGGAUGAGAACUGCUUAAUUUUUUUACUGGUUUUACUACAGGAAAGUUUCUAGUAAACAUUGACCUUCU